AUGACUCUUUCCGCAUAUCAGAGAUCCAGGAUAAUCGCACUCCACCGGCAUUACCCUGAUGCAAGUUAUCGCUUCCUGGCUGCUCAUUUAGCCAAUGAUUCGCCACCUUUUUUUGUGAACUGGAGAACUGUCCGGCGUUGGGUUCUACGCGAGGAACCAAAUCAACAGACCGGUCAAAUUCGUCGUCACAAGUUCUCAAAGAAGAUCUUGCGGGAUUUCAUUGACCGUCAAUUGAAAACGAACGACGAGUACACCACGGCUGAAUUAGCGGCAAUCUAUGAGGAGGAAUACAACAUUACAAUAUCAAGAAGCACGAUUUCUAGGGCUAGGCAAAAAGCCGGUUGGAAAAUCUGCGGUGCCAAAUAUUGUCAGAUCGUAAAACCUCAAAACAAAAUUAAGCGAAUGGAGUACGCAUUGAAAUGCCUGGCCGAACAAGAGACGUUCGAAGACAUGAUCUUUUCGGACAAAUCAUCAGUGUGGUUAGAGCGUCAUCGAAAGAAGGCCUACAGCAAGUUCGGAAAAUCAGCUUUGAAACCAAGAGGGAAGCACCCAGUAAAGGUACACGUAUGGGCCGCCAUUAGCCGCAGAGGUGCAAGCCAGAUCUGCAUCUUCGAAGGAAAAAUGAACGCCUCCAUGUUCCUGGAUAUAUUAAAAGAAACCGCUGUUCCCUUUAUUUGUGAGCAUUUCCCUGAUCAUCACCGCUUCAUUCAAGACAACGAUCCGAAGCACGUUUGCAAGAAGGCACAGGAGUUUUAG